AUGAACAGCGGUUCUCGCCUUGGGUUUGCCUUUGCUGCAAUCCCAGGGCCGACUAUUAUUGACCCUCAAGAUCUAAGCUUGGUCAAGAUGGUGCUAUCAACAGCCUUGACAGUAGAAGCUGGAGGCUCAAGUCAACUUGGCAGGUCCCUAUUCCUCGAUGUGAGGAAGUCAUCACAUGAUAAGCUAUGGGAAUCCGCGAGCAUCAAGUCGACUAUGCUCUACAUCUUACUGGCUGUUUAUAGCUUCAUGACUGGUGAUGAUUUGCAAGCUUGGAGACUUGUCGGCAUUGUUGCCCGAUGGUGUUUGGAAAUGGGCCUCCAUCAGUCAGCAACCAUCAGCAAAACUUUCAAGGAUGCUGGAAAACGGAAGAUGGCCAUGCGGCUGUUCUGGUGUGUCUACACACUGGACCGGCGUUGGGGCUUUGGCGCAGGGUUGCCCUUCGUGAUGCAUAACUUCGAUGUUGACCAGCAAUUACCGGAACCUGAUCAAGAUGUUCCGUAUCUCAGAGCCAUGGUUGAGUACAGCCGAAUCGGUGACAAAGUUUGGGCGACAUCGUACAACUCAGCAAGAGCAACGGGCGCCAUCAGAGACGACGAAAUCUCCUACUUGCUGUACCGCAUAGACCAAUGGUAUGAAGAUCUGCCGGAAGACUUGAGGCUUUCUUCAAAUGAGCAGACGGCCAGUCCGAAUACGAACUCUGCGACAUCGAGAGGUCUUCAGCGGCUACAGGUCUUGCUUCAUCUACGAGCCAACCAAAUGAAGAUCCUUCUUCUUCAACCGUUUCUCCACUCAACAUCCAGUCUCAAGUCCAACAAGUCCAAGGUUCAGUCACUCGUCAACCUGGCCAAGGACACCAUCCAGAUGCUUGACUCUCUUAAUAAAUCAACAGACGUCUACCAGAACCAACAAAUGUGCUUCAAUCAUUUCCUCGUCUCCGCUCUCGGAGUCAUCUUCCUAGUCGUGGCGCUGUCACCGACGGAGCAUGGCGCAUCGGUCCGCGAUGAGUUCCAUACCGCACUGGAUCUGAUCAGGGGUCUCAGCGCCAGGUCAUACGUAUCGAGUCGACUCUGGAGGAGAAUAAGCGACCUGCGGCUCGCUUGGCGAAAGCUGGGGUUGAAUGCUCCUCACUCUAGGGAAGUCAGAGAGCCUAGUACGCAGCAAGACAACGCGCUGGUUACACCACCCACCUCAUCUGGAGGGAUGGACAUCCCACCUGGAAGCGUGCCGACAACUGUCGAUGAUGGCUUGCGUGGUCCAGAGCUCGAUACAUGGCCAGCAGGCUCGGGUGAGCCUUUCACCGAGGCUCAGAUGGCGCAGGAGCUGAAUGACUUUUUCAACUCGAUAGAUGGCGGAGGAGACUUUGGAAUUCCUUUACCCGUUUUAGGCACCGACGGAGACGGCCUCGAUCCAGAGAGAGGUCCCGAAGAUGCGUUUCUCGUGGACGACAUGAACGCCUCUAUGGAUGUGUCACACUUAUUUGUAGAUAUGCUAUGA